AUGGCUCCAUCCGAAGGCGACAUGGCUGCUGAAACGGAGCAGCGACACGAAGGCUUAGACUCACAACAAUCAGAUAAGCGGUGGUGGAAACGGCUGUUUCAAUCUGAAAACUCCAGCUCGAGUACUGAGGACAUGGACUAUCGCCCAAAGGCGACCUUGGGUAUUCUUAGCGAUCGGGAAACCGACGAGGUGCCCGGUACCGUGCUCCUGCUAUCUUCCAACCGCAACGAACCGCUAGGAUUGAGGCAUCAGCCUCAGCGUACAUCAGCCUCAUCGCUUCCUGUUCCGUAUCCCCCAUCCAGAUCCUCUUCACGUGCCUCCGCGCCUCCAACAAAGAAGACCGCCAAUGGAAAGAUCGUCCUGAAUCCACAGCCGGACGAUUCACGAAAUGAUCCUCUCAACUGGCCGGUCUGGCGUCGGGAUGCCGCUCUGAUAUCUCUGGGCUUCUACUGCCUGAUGGGAGGUGGCAUGACGCCUAUCCUUGCCGCCGGCUUCAAACAGGUCUCGGAAGACUACGACGUUGAUACACAAAAGGUUGCAUACACUACAGGAUUAUACAUGUUGGGGCUGGGUAUUGGGUCGGUGAUCAUGUCGCCUACUGCAAUUCUGUGGGGAAAGCGUCCGGUCUAUUUGUUAGGCGCAACACUGUUCAUUAUCUCUGCGGUCUGGUGUGCAUUAUCCCCCAACUACCCGAGUCUCGUGGUGGCUCGCAUCUUUCAAGGCAUUGCAGUCAGCCCGGUCGAGUGUCUUCCGUCGGCGACAAUCGCGGAGAUCUACUUCUUGCACGAGAGGGCGUAUCGAGUUGGUAUCUAUACACUUCUCCUUCUUGGUGGUAAGAACCUCAUUCCACUGGUUAGCGCAGCCAUCAUCGAAAGCCUAGGCUGGCGCUGGGUGUUUUGGAUCGUCGCGAUCAUUGUUGGGGCGUGCCUCGCAUUGAUUUUCUUCUUCUUACCGGAGACAUUCUGGGAUCGUACCCCGCGACCACGUCGACACCACAAACGUCCCGAUUUUUAUCGAAGCGUGUCGGACAUGGUAUCGCAUGGACUCCAUCGAGGUCGCGGCAUCGAUGCUCGCCCCCAUGAAAUUUCUGAGGAUGCUCCGGAUGCCGCUUCUCACAAACGAAUCAAGAAGGGCCAUGUUGGAUUUGCCGACAACAGAUCCGAGACUGAGGACUUACAUCAGGAAAAACAAGAGCCAUUAGAAGGUUCAGACUCGAUGCAGAAGCCGAAUGGGCCAGAACAAAUCGCGGGCCCAUCUGUGGAGCAUUCUGCUCAUUCCGAAAAGCCGAGUGUCCCACCGCUAUCCACCGGCGACUCCGUCCCACGUCCAUCUGAUCUUGAAGCUGGAAGACUCACAUCGCGAUCGCCUGCACGAAGUGAAUCACUAGAGCCCACUGCAGGGUUAAGCUUGCCCGUGCAGUAUACCAAUCGGCUCCGUGAGCAGUCAGAUAUACCAUACACUUACUACCUGCGACCUUGGAAUGGACGGAUCUCGCAAGAUCGUUGGUUACGGGUGGCUAUCCGUCCGUUUAUCUUGUUUGCUUAUCCAGCGGUUCUGUGGUCAACCGUUGUUUAUGCGCUGUCAGUCGGAUGGCUCAUCGUCUUGUCGGAGCUCGUUUCCCACAUCUACCAAGAUAGUGAGACGUAUAACUUCACCUCUCUUCAAACCGGCCUGGUCUACGUCUCUCCGUUUGUUGGGGGCCUACUAGGGACAGCGGUCGCGGGUAAGAUAUCUGAUGUUAUUGUCCGUUACAUGACACGACGCAAUGGAGGGGUUUAUGAGCCGGAGUUCCGCCUUAUAAUGGCCAUUCCUAUCGCAUUAUCCACGACAAUAGGACUUAUGGGCUUUGGUUGGAGCGCGCAAGAGAAGGAUGCUUGGAUUGUCCCGACCAUAUUCUUCGGCCUUGGUGACGCUAAAUUGGAGCAAGAGUGA